AUGAUCUGUUCAGACGAUGACGAGUUUCUGCCGGGGGCGGGAAUCGAACUCACGACCUUGUGCACCGGGGGCGGAUGCCUUAACCACUUGGCUAUCCAGAAGGUCUCCCUUAUAAGGCCCUCCAGGGAGCGUAUUGACUCUAUUAGCCAGAAAAUAGCCUGCCGGCACUACCUGUUAUAUGAAGAGACACCAAGGGAUGUUCGGCUGUAA